AUGCAAUUAAAUUAUUCAAACUUAUUGGACGAGAUACAAACUGUAAAAUUGUCUGAAAUAAGUUUUAAGAAGAAGUACAUCGAUUUGAAAGAAAAGUAUUUAGAAUUAAUAAAAAAUAAAGAAAACAGCGAAAAAUUACGCAUGGAUAACCUCAAAGCACAAAUUGUAGAGAAGGAAGCCUACGAUAAGAAACCAUUAUUUGAUGUACGUGUUGAUGAGCUGCCAGCAUUUAAAAAGGAACAUUGCCAACCGGACUCUCAGCCAAUUGAUUGCAAAGCAGCUACCAAGUGCACUCAAAAGAGUGGUUAUUACAAAAUAUAUUUACCCGGAAAUAAAGCAAAACAAAUUAUGGUAUUUUGUGAUAUGGAAACUGCUGGUGGUAAUUGGAUGCACAUUUUAAGACGCAAUGAUGGUUCAGAAGAUUUUAAUCGUCCUUGGUCUGACUACGUAAAUGGAUUUGGUAAAGUUGAGGGCGAGUACUGGAUAGGAUUGGAGAAUUUAAAUGCUCUUACUGAAAACAAUGGUCGACAGCUAUUAUAUGUUCAUUUAGAUUACGAUACAGGAUGGCCUUAUUAUGCUUUGUAUGAUAACUUUUUAGUAGGGGAUGCCACUGAAUUAUACAAACUAAAAUCUUUAGGCACAUAUAAUGGCACUUCUGGAGAUGGUAUGGUAGAUUUGUUGCAUACGAAAUUUAGCACCUUCGAUAAUGAUAAUGACGAAUCGGCAGCUCGCAACUGUGCCGCUGAUAUUAACGGUGGAUGGUGGUACAGUGAUUGUGGAUAUACAGAACCUACUGGUACAUAUGCAGAAACCGAAGUAUUAACUGGUGCAAGGUGGGAAGAUCCCGAAUAUAGGGUUUAUUAUUUUAAAAUUAUGAAUUUUAUGAUACGAAGUUUUUAAAUAUUUGAAUUACGUUUAAAUAAAGUUUGUUAAUAUUAGUAGAAACUAAUAUAAAUGCAAUAGCACAACUCAUAAACGCUAA